AUGGACGCCUCCUCCCUCCGCAUCUCCAAGUUCGAUGGAACUAACUUCCACGCCUGGAAGUUCAAGAUGCAGAUGGUGCUGGAGGAACGGGACCUAUGGGAGGUCGUCAGCGGUGAGAUCAAGGCGGAACAGUGCGAGACUCAGUUGGACCAAGCGACGUACAAGAGGAAGUCAAGAAAGGCGAUGGCAGUGAUCUGUCUAGCCAUGGAAGAUUCCCAGCUACCGUUGGUCCGGUCGGCAAGUGGUGCAUGCGACGCAUGGUCAAGGUUGGAAGACCACUUCGAGAAGAAGAGUCUUGCCAACAAGCUGUUCUUGCGCCGUCGCUUCUUCACGACAAUGAUGGAAGAAGGCGACGAUGUGCUCGAACACAUCAACAAGCUCAAGACGCUGGCGGAACAGCUAGAAGCGGUGGGGGCUCCAGUCUGCGAGGACGAUCUGGUGAUCACACUUCUCGGCAGCCUGAGUGACUCGUAUCAAUUCUUGAUCACAGCUUUGGAGUCGCGCUCAGACACUCUUAGCUGGGAGCUCGUGACGUUUCGACUGCUUCAUGAAGAAAUGAAGCGGAAGGAGCAAGGAAGUAAAGGUGAUGAAGCUUCGCAAGGUCAAGCGUUCAUCACAAGGGACAAUCAGCGCAAAGGGCGACCAGUGAAGAAGUCCUGGCCGUGCCACAAUUGCGGAAAGAUUGGUCACUGGAUGGCGGAGUGCCCCUCGCGCAUCCAAGAAAACACGGAGAGACACCGGCCACAGCGUGCUCAAGACAGCGGCGACCGCUAUCGAUCACAACGUGCAAACGUCGCUCAAGAAGAAGACUCGGGCGACUACCUCUUUUCGAUCGGUGAAACGACAUCUGCGAAAUCGAGCGACAUCUGGCUGGUCGACUCCGGGGCGACGCAGCACAUGACGUGCUCCAAGAAGUUCAUGCGGAACUACAAGGGGUUUGACGCUGUGGAUGUCCAUCUCGCGGAUGAUGGAAUCGUCCAAGCAAUCGGCAGUGGGGACAUUGUCAUGUCGAUGAAGACACCCCAAGGGAUGAAGAAAGGUGUGCUCACAAACGUGUGGCACAUCCCAAAGUUAUCCAGAAACCUGUUCUCGGUCGGCCGCUUCACCAAGGAUGUCGGCCCAGUGACGUUCACGAAGGAUGGGUGCUAUGGAGAAGCGAAAGGGACCAAGUGGAAAAUUGGUGCCCGUGAAGGUAAGGGACUGUUCAAGCUGCAAAUGACUCCAGUGGCGCCGGAACAAGCAAAUGCAGCCAAGUCGUCGGGAUGUCAAGGGGGCACCAAGUCGUACCUCUGGCACCUUCGGCUUGGCCACAUAGGUCACGAUGGACUCAAUUGCAUCGUGACGUAG